AUGAGCAAUGUGCUGACCUGCCGGCCAGGGGCCAAUGUUACCCUGACCUGCCCAGACGUGGAACCAGGAGACAACGGCACAGUUCACUGGGUACUCAGAAACCAGAUUGUGGACUCACACCAAGGCAGACAGGCUGGCCUGGGAAGGAGGCUGCUUCUGAGGUCGGUGCAUCUCAGUGACUCUGGAAACUAUUCUUGCUACCAGGAUGGUCGCCCAGCUGGCUCCCUGCGCCUGAUUGUGGAGGUUCCUCCUGAAAAGCCCCAGAUCUCCUGCUUCCAGAAGAGCCCCAUCAGCAGUGUUUGGUGUGAAUGGAGCCCUCGGAACAUCCCUUCUCCAACAACCAAGACCGUGUUGUCAGUGCAGAGGGUUCACGACAGCCUGGUAAAAUCCUUCCAGGAGCCUUGUCAGUAUUCCCAGGAAGGCCAGAAGUUCUCCUGCCAGUUGAACAUUCCUGAGGGAGACAGCUCUUGGUACAUAUUGUUCCUGUGUGUCGCCAACAGUGUAGGCCAUAAUUCCAGUGGAAUCCUACAAUUUAAGGAUUUAAAUAUCUUGCAGCCCGACCCGCCGGUCAACAUCACAGUCACCGCCAUGCCCAGAAACCCCCGCUGGCUCAGUGUCACCUGGCAAAAUCCUCCUUCCUGGAACUCUCGUUACUACCGGCUACAGUUUCAGUUCCGAUACCGAGCAGAACAGUCAAAGUCAUUCACAACCGAGAUGGUCAAGGACCACCAGAACCACUAUAUAAUCAGUGAUGCGUGGAGUGGCAAGAAGCAUGUGGUCCAGGUUCGGGCCCAGGAGGAGUUUGGGCAUGGCUUGUGGAGUGAGUGGAGCCAAGAGGUCAUCGGCACUCCUUGGACAGUGCAAGAAUCUUCUUCGGUACCACUGCAUACAUUCCUGGUGGCUGGAGGAAGCCUGGUAUUCGGAACACUUCUCUGCAUUGGCAUUGUGCUGAGGUUCAAGACAUGGAAGCUACGAGCUCUGAAUGAAGGCAAGACAAGCAUACAUCCACCGUAUACUUUGGGUCAAUUGGUUCCUGAGAGGCCCAAGCCCACCCCAGUCCUUGUUCCUCUCAUCUCACCACCAGUGUCCCCCAGCAGCCUUGCAUCUGACAACACCUCAGGCCACAGCCGACCAGAUGCCAGUGACCCACGGAGUUCUUAUGAUAUCAGCAAUCGAGACUAUUUCUUCCCCAGAUAA